AUGAUUAAUCUUCGUGGCACUUUAUUUCUUUUGGCAAAUAUUUUUUUUCUUUUUCCAUAUUUCUUUAGCUGUCUUUAUGUUGAAGACACUAUUAAAAUUAAAAUUAAUAAUAUAAGAACAGGAGAUUUUAUAAAGGUAUGUUGUGAUGAUUUUUGUUCCUUUUUAGAUUAUGAUGUAAAUAAAAAAACAUAUUUAUUUAUAAAAGAAAAUAAUAUUAUUUUAUAUAAAUGUAACUACAUUUUAAAAGUAUACAAUUCAAGAAAUUAUAUUUUUUAUUUCAUAAAUUAUAUUUUUUUAAAAAAUGAAAAUAGUAUAAUCGAAUUUGGUGAUUCCUUUGAAAAUGAAAAAGGAGAUUUUACUUUUUGGAAACCUAAUUUUGAAUUAAUGUAUAUAAAAAAUAAAUAUGUUUAUAUUCCUAAUGGUUAUUAUGAAAUAAAAAAGGCUAGUAACAAUUGUAUGGGGAUAAAUCCCUGGAAUGGAAAAAAUAAAAGCAUAACCUCAUUUAUGCAAAUAAUUAAAGAUUUUAUUUUGGAAAUUAAAAAAGGAAAUUUUAUCAUUUUUGAUAACAUAUAUAAGCAGAAUGCACAAUAUACUAGUUCUAUUCUACCAAAUUGUAAUAAAGAAAAAAUAACUACUUAUAAUGGCAUUGCUUUCCCAAUGAUGACAACGGGGAAGACAAAAAAAAUACAUACCCCAUUCUAUGAAAUAUAUUAUUUAUUAAUAGAUACAAUUUUGUAUAAUCCUUUCAUAUUAAUAAUUUCUUAUAUUUCACCCCUUUGGAAUUCAAUUAUUAAAAAAUAUAACGCAACUCUAAAUGUAUAUUUAUAUAAUAACGAUAACAACCAUUAUGACUACUGGGGGCAAACAGAAAAAGAUAAAUAUAAUAAAUUUAUAAAAAUAUAUAUUAAAAAUAUUUCAAAAAAUAAAACUAUAAUAAUAUUACUUAUUACAAUAAUAAUAUUUAUAUGCAUAUUUAUAUUGAAAAGAAAAAUAUGGGGAAUAAAAACUCAACAAAAUACCAAAACCAAAAGCUCAAGAGUUAAUCAAAAUAUACUUGCUGAAAUACAUGUUGAAUAUAAGAAUAAAGUACAAACAAACUUUGGAUCGAAAAUAAAAGAUAUUACUGAUGAAGACUUAAUAAAUUUAAUAGCUCAUAACAAGGCUGAAACAAUAAUUGUUUGUCAACCGUAG